AUGAGUGCCAGGGCGCCCAAGGAGCUGAGGCUGGCGCUGCCGCCGUGUCUCCUCAACCGGACCUUUGCUUCCCCCAACGCCAGCGGCAGCGGCCACUCGAGUGCCCGUGGCCCGGGUGCGGGAGGCAGCGGCGGAGGCACCUGCAUCACGCAGGUGGGACAGCAGCUCUUCCAGUCCUUCUCCUCCACGCUGGUGCUGAUUGUCCUGGUCACCCUUAUCUUCUGCCUCAUCGUGCUGUCCCUCUCCACCUUCCACAUCCACAAGCGCAGGAUGAAGAAGCGGAAGAUGCAGAGGGCUCAGGAGGAAUACGAGCGGGAUCACUGCAGCAGCAACCGCGGCGGCAGGGGGCUGCCCCCUGCGGGCGGCCAGGCCCCGACCCAUGCGAAAGAAACCCGGCUGGAGAGGCAGCCCCGGGACUUUGCCUUCUGCGCGCCCUCCAACGCCUCCUCUUCGUCUUUGUCCCCUGGCCGCCCGCGCCAGGGUCCCUGCGCUCCCCCGCCUCCCCCACCGGCCCCCAGUCCGCAGGGAGCACACGAAACCUCCUCCUGUUUGGACACAGCUGGCGAGGGCCUUUUGCAAACGGUGGUACUCUCCUGA